CAGUCUCACAUCUUAUAUUAGCCAAAAACUCAAUCACAACUUCUUGGCUGGAGAGUUGCUUGCUGCGUGACGUCUUGCUGAGCCAGCUUAGAGGGUGAGGUCAGUUCUCAGUUUCUUUAAGCUCCGGAACCCAGUCUCACCUUCAAAGUCCCAGAGUCUAUUUACCAUGCGAGGAGGGAAGAAGGUUCCAGAGGAAAGUGUUUCGGGUGGGCCACAGAAAGGAGAUGACCCUCCGCUGGUUGUCCACCCAACUUUGGAGACACCGUGUGAUGGGUCUCCUGAUGGCUUUGUGUGUCACCUUGUUACUCAUGCUCCUGGCUACUCAGUCAUUGCAGCAUCCAAGCCACUAUGCUGGGCACAAGGGCCAUAAGGUGGAGGAGAGGGGAGCACUUUCCGACAAUGCUCUUCCAAACACCCCUGUCCCAUCCCACACUGCCCCUAACAGGAGGAAGGUGGUUCAGACACCCAAUCUGCAGCAUCAAAGUGACCCCAAUGGGUACACCUUUAUGAGGACAAAGAGGAGCCCUCCACCUGUAGCUUUCCUCAAAACACACAAGACUGGAAGCAGCACUGUUCAGAAUCUGAUGUUCCGCCUUGGGGAGAAGGAGAACCUCACUUUCGCCUUCCCCUAUUACGCAUACCAGUUCAGCUACCCAGAUAGGUUCCGAGCAGACUUUGUAGAUGAGCUGCCACCUGGUUCCUCUCAGUUCGACAUGCUCUGCAGCCACAUGCGGCUGGACCUGGGACAGCUGAAACAGGUGAUGCCCAGGAACACCAUCUAUAUCACCCUGCUGCGUGAUCCUCUACAGACCUUUGAGUCAGUUUUCAGCUACUACACUUCCACUGUACCCGCCUUCACUCUAGCCAAAAAGGCAGCUGACACAGCUAACAGGAAGUCCGCCCUCUCGGUCUUCUUGGAGGCCCCAGAGUCCUACUGGGACCCUACAGAACCUGGGAAUGGCCUAGCCAGGAACCCUAUGAGCUUUGACCUGGGCCUCAGCAGCCAAGAGUGGAACGCAUCCUGGCCCAUGGAGCUGACUCAGCUGGAGGAGGCCUUCCAGCUGGUGAUGAUUGCUGAGCACUUUGAUGAGUCUCUGGUUCUCCUGGGGGCUCUGCUGCAGCUGGAGCCUGAGGAGCUGGCCUAUGUGCACCUGAACGUCCGCGCCCCAUCGGACAUCACCCCGCUGGAGGACGACACCAAGGCCAGGCUCAGUGCCUGGAACAGUCUGGACGUGCUGCUCUACAACUUAUUUCUGCAGGUGUUCUGGGAGAAAGCUGAGCAGUAUGGCCUGGGGAGACUGAAAAGGGAGGUGGCCCUACUGAGGGCCUCCACACAGAGGCUCAGACAGAAGUGUGUGGCCAGAGAAGGAGUCCCCCCUGGUGAACUGGAGGACCUGGUCAGGCCCUGGCAGACCGACACAGUCACCAUCCUGGGAUACAAGGUACGAGGGAACCUGACUCUGCAGGAAGAGGGGCUCUGUGUGCGACUAGUGCUGCCUGAGCUACAGUACCACUCUCACCUGUAUUUCCAGCAGUAUGGCCAUGACAUGAGGUCCAUACCUACAGACUAAUGUGCAGCACUUUCCCUUUUAGAUACUACACCACUCAGAAUUUCUGCUUUUAAUGUACUUUUCCAAUAAA